AUGCGGUCCACUGCGCUUGAUGAGCGCUCAUCAGCCUACCCUCUCGCUGCGAUUUUUGCCCUGCACGCUGGUCAAGGCUCAUACCACUUGGGCUCUGCGCUCAAUAUGCACAGCCUACACAGCUGUAAUCCGAAGGUCCUGCGCUCGAACGGCAGCGCAGCGCUCGACGGGGUCUUCGUUGCGGCCGUGGGGACAGCCUCUAUUAUGGCUUCCGCUUCGACCUCAGAAAAGUCUUACCCAAUGGCGCCGUCCGACGUUGCCCAGCUCCGAUACAUCCUGAUCAACGUAGGCACGAUAUGCUCAUGCUACGGUCUUCAGUUCACCCUCUUUCUAGCGACUCUACCGGUCCUCGUCCGCCGUAAAGGACGGUCAUGGAUCAUCAUGGCCGCGCUCACCAUGCUAUUCAUCUCCUCCACACUAUGGUCAAUAGCGGCAAUCGACAAUUAUGUGAUCCAGAUGCCCACUGCCGGAUAUCACCCUCCGGAAAACACCAUAACAAUCCUACGCCGCCUCUACAUCCUCAUAGGGGUGACGAACCGGCUGAAUAUGCUCUUCAGCGACUGCCUCGUGGCUUGGAGGGCUUGGGUUCUCUGGCCCGGUAAUCGACUCGCGCAGGGCAUCCUCAUCGCAUGCCUAACGUGCAGCGUGGCUGGCACCACAACAAACGCCGCUUUGAUCUUUACACGAGGGCUGCCCGUCAUCGGGUCGUUGUCCGCUACGGUGCCCUUGCUCGUCAUGAACCUUGCAUCGACGGUGCUCGUAGGCGUCAAGUUCUGGAUCUACCGUCGAGACGUCGCCAGAUCGCUUGGCCUCGCACCCACACGUAGCCAAGUCGGGCGUGUUCUCAUCAUCCUUUUUGAAUCUGGCAUUUUGUACUGCGCGCUUCUGAUCAUCAGCCUCGUACUCGACAUGCUCGUGUCAAGUCAAGCAUUCGACUCCCUCGGAAACUUUGCGUCGGUCAUACCUCUCAUCUCGGGUUUGCUAUCCACCUUCGUCGUCCUUGCAAUCAUGGCGCAGGAGCACCUCGCAGCGAACAAGUCCAUCGGCGGCCCAAGCAGUUUUCUGGCAUCGAUACAGUUCAUGUCGGGCGGGAAGGAUGAUGAGCACGCGGAGGGAAGCGUGGUCACGGUGGGAUCGGCCACGACACCAGCAGCUGCUGCGGGAUCCAGCGGUGGGGAUAUCGAGCUGAUUCAGCGGGACGGAGAUCAGGGCAACUACGCGUCGAUAGGUGUCCAGAUCGCACUCUUUGUCGGCGCUGCCGCUGUACUUGUCCGGAAGGAGAACCGGACUUGGAUCUUCGCCCUAUCCAUCGUCGCCGUAUUCUUGUGCUCGAGCGCACAAGCAGCUAGCUCGCUCACGGACUGGUGGUUCCAGCUCCUUGGAGAGGGUGGUGCGAGCGACGUGAGCCACACCCUUGGUGUCAUUGAGGGCCUUAUAGACACGAGCUUUCACAUCAGCUAUCUCGUCGGCGAUGCUCUCGUCGUGUGGCGCGCGUGGUCACUAUGGCCCCGUAGUUGGAUCGCGCGGAGCCUCCUCGCGACGUGCAUGGUCUUCACCAUGGGCAAGUGCAUCUUUUUUGGGUGGCGCAUCAUCCUGCUGAACACUCCCCCAGUCGGCCUAUCUGUCGAUCUCUACAUGGACUUUUCGGCUGUCGAGCUCCCAAAGGCGCUCAAUGCACCGAUGAUUAUCGCAAUGCUCCUUACGAACGCGGUGGCCACCAUAUUGGUUGGAAUACGAGUUUGGGAGUACCGACGGAACAUUGCGUCGGCUCUGGGGCAAAGCACUUUUGGCCUCCAGAUCGGGCGCAUACUUGUGCUUCUUUUGGAGUCUGGCCUGUUUUAUUGCGCUAUAUGGAUCUGCAUCUUUGUCCUUGACGUAGGUGUUGGUAAUGUCGAGUUGGGUGCAAGCAUCAUCGCUGGUCGAACACUACAUCAAGUUGCGACCGCGUACCCCACCUUCGUGAUCCUCAUUCUGCUAUCGCCGCAAUGCACGACGAACUCGACGGUCAACCACCAAAUCAGUCUUCUACUUUCGAUACAAUUCGACCAUGGGCGUACCACCGAGCCUCAAGAAUCCAUCGGUUUGAGCACACUGGAAGGAGCACCUGCCUUUGCGCAAGCACAACCUGACACAUGA